CCUCCCCUCCCCUCCCCCCUUCCUCCUCCCUCCGGCUCCAGCCUUUGCGGCCGCGGGGGUGGCGGAGGCUAUGGAGUAAACCAACGGCGGCGGCCAGGCUCUGAGGCUGAGCAGGAACGGCCAGGUGGUGUUUAGGGGGGCGGAGGUAUCGAACACCUGCACCGCCCCUCCCGAGAGGAGAGGGAAGAGGUAACUAUAACUACCCAAUAUUGCAGCCAUGGAGUCCAUGCUUAAUAAAUUGAAGAGUACUGUUACAAAAGUAACAGCUGAUGUCACUAGUGCUGUAAUGGGAAAUCCUGUCACUAGAGAAUUCGAUGUUGGUCGACACAUUGCCAGUGGUGGCAGUGGGCUAGCUUGGAAGAUUUUUAAUGGCACAAAAAAAUCAACAAAACAGGAAGUGGCUGUUUUUGUCUUUGAUAAAAAGCUGAUUGACAAAUAUCAAAAAUUUGAAAAGGAUCAAAUCAUUGAUUCUCUAAAACGAGGAGUUCAACAGUUAACUCGGCUACGACACCCUCGACUUCUUACUGUCCAGCAUCCUUUAGAAGAAUCCAGGGAUUGCUUGGCAUUUUGUACGGAACCAGUUUUUGCCAGUUUAGCCAAUGUUCUUGGUAAUUGGGAAAACCUACCUUCCCCUAUAUCUCCAGACAUUAAGGAUUAUAAACUUUACGAUGUAGAAACCAAAUAUGGUUUGCUUCAGGUUUCUGAAGGAUUAUCAUUUUUGCAUAGCAGUGUGAAAAUGGUUCAUGGGAAUAUUACUCCUGAAAAUAUAAUUUUGAAUAAAAGUGGAGCCUGGAAAAUAAUGGGUUUUGAUUUUUGCAUAUCAUCGACCAAUCCUUCUGAACAAGAGCCCAAGUUUUCUUGUAAAGAAUGGGACCCAAAUUUACCAUCAUUAUGUCUUCCAAAUCCUGAAUAUUUGGCUCCUGAAUACAUACUUUCUGUGAGCUGUGAAACAGCCAGUGAUAUGUAUUCUUUAGGAACUGUUAUGUAUGCUGUGUUUAAUAAAGGAAAGCCUAUAUUUGAAGUCAACAAGCAAGAUAUUUACAAGAGUUUCAGUAGGCAGUUGGAUCAGUUGAGUCGUUUAGGAUCUAGUUCACUUACAAAUAUACCUGAAGAAGUUCGUGAACACGUAAAACUACUGUUAAAUGUAACUCCAACUGUAAGACCAGAUGCAGAUCAAAUGACAAAGAUUCCCUUCUUUGAUGAUGUUGGUGCAGUAACACUGCAAUAUUUUGAUACCUUAUUCCAAAGAGAUAAUCUUCAGAAAUCACAGUUUUUCAAAGGACUGCCAAAGGUUCUACCAAAACUGCCCAAGCGUGUCAUUGUGCAGAGAAUUUUGCCUUGUUUGACUUCAGAAUUUGUAAACCCUGACAUGGUACCUUUUGUUUUGCCCAACGUUCUACUCAUUGCUGAGGAAUGCACCAAAGAAGAAUAUGUCAAAUUAAUCCUACCUGAACUUGGCCCUGUAUUUAAACAGCAGGAGCCAAUCCAGAUUUUGUUAAUUUUCCUACAAAAAAUGGAUUUGCUACUAACCAAAACUCCUCCUGAUGAGAUAAAGAACAGUGUCCUACCAAUGGUUUACAGAGCACUGGAAGCUCCUUCUAUUCAGAUUCAGGAGCUCUGUCUAAACAUCAUCCCAACCUUUGCAAAUCUUAUAGACUACCCAUCCAUGAAAAAUGCUUUGAUACCAAGAAUUAAAAAUGCCUGUCUACAAACGUCUUCCCUUGCUGUUCGUGUAAAUUCAUUAGUGUGCUUAGGAAAGAUUUUGGAAUACUUGGAUAAAUGGUUUGUACUUGAUGAUAUCCUACCGUUCUUACAACAAAUUCCAUCCAAGGAACCCGCGGUCCUCAUGGGAAUUUUAGGUAUUUAUAAAUGUACUUUUACUCAUAAGAAGUUGGGAAUCACCAAAGAGCAGCUGGCUGGAAAAGUAUUGCCUCAUCUGAUUCCCCUGAGUAUUGAAAACAAUCUUAAUCUUAACCAGUUCAAUUCUUUCAUUUCCGUCAUAAAAGAGAUGCUUAAUAGAUUGGAGUCUGAACAUAAGACUAAACUGGAGCAACUUCAUAUAAUGCAAGAACAGCAGAAGUCAUUGGACAUAGGAAAUCAAAUGAAUGCUUCUGAGGAGACUAAAGUUACAAAUGUUGGGAAUCAGCAGAUUGACAAGGUUUUUAACAACAUUGGCACAGACCUUCUGACUGGUGGUGAAUCGGAAAAUAAAGAGGAUGGGUUACAGAAUAAACAUAAAAAAGCAUCACUUACACUUGAAGAAAAACAAAAAUUAGCAAAAGAACAAGAACAGGCACAGAAGUUGAAAAGUCAGCAGCCUCUUAAACCCCAAGUGCACACACCUAUUGCUCCAGUCAAACAGACUAAGGACUUGACAGACACAUUGAUGGAUAAUAUGUCAUCUUUGACCAGCCUUUCUGUUAGUACCCCUAAACUUUCUGCUUCAAGUACCUUCACUUCUGUUCCUUCCAUGGGCAUUGGCAUGAUGUUUUCAACACCAAUUGACAAUACAAAGAGAAAUUUGACAAACGGCCUGAAUGCCAACAUGGGCUUUCAGACUUCAGGAUUCAGCAUGCCAGUUAAUACGAACCAGAACUUCUUCAGCAGUCCAAGCACAUCUGGCAUGAACAAGAUGACUCUGGGAGCACCUCUUACUUUGCCAAACUUCAGUGCUCCUGCUGUUGUGAAGCAGACCCAGCAGAGAUCCACAGAUAUGUCUGCUCUUAAUAACCUCUUUGGCCCUCAGAAACCCAAAGUUAGCAUGAACCAAUUAUCCCAACAGAAACCAAAUCAGUGGCUUAAUCAGUUUGUACCUCCUCAAGGUUCUCCAGGUAUGGGCAGUUCAGUAAUGGGAACACAGAUGAACAUGGUAGGACAAUCUGCCUUUGGUAUGCAGGGUAAUCCUUUCUUUAACCCGCAGAACUUUGCACAACCACCAACUACUAUGACCAAUAGCAGUUCAGCUAGCAAUGAUUUAAAAGAUCUUUUUGGGUGAGGUCUCUUGCUUUUGUUUUGAAGGAUUACUUCAGUUUUAAUCAUGGAUAAUCUGAUUUACAUCUUUGUAUAGUCUGCUUGGAGGAACUACUUCUAUGGGAAAGUGAAUGGUUCUGUGACAGAAAAUACCUAUUUGAUGCCAGCAUAGUAGUUGUAUGGACUCCUAACCAGUUGAGUUUUUUAAAGCAUUGAGGAUUUUUUUUCCUCUUACCAACUCCUCUUCAGGUUUUUAAAGACCCAACCCGUACCAAUCUCAAAGAGAAAAAGGACAACUGAGUUAUCUUGAGUAGCAGAAUUUUUUAAUCAAAUGAUUAUUUUAGCUUGUAAAUCUUGGUGUUAUUAAAAAAAUUGAGUUGAUGGUAAUUGCAAGCUCAUUUAUUAAGUACUAUGUGGUACACAGUCUACCUUCACAAGUCAUUAGUCUUCAUUUUAAUAUGUGAAAAAUCUUGAUGCUAUAUUGAUAUGUUUGCAUUUAGUAUGACUGAGUGAGAAAAUGUUAAGCAUAGAGAAAAGGAUCAGGUCAUUUGCUUUUUCCAAUCUUAGUUACUUUUCAGAUGAACUAAUGUUUACUACCAAAAGCCUGAGGAAAUACAGCAAAAUUUAACUUACCUUGAUUUUAUUGGUUUAAACUAAAAGCAUUAUUAAUCAUUUUAAAUGCAAACUAAUCAUUGUAAAUUAUAUUUUAGCAUGGUCUGCCUCAAAUAGUGAUGUAUUUUUCUGCAUUUACUUGGAUAUAUUUAGAAUUUUUUCCUACUGUAUCACAGAAGAGGUAUGUAUGUACUCAUCUAUACAGAUAUUUGACAAAGCACUCUGAUAUGAUUUCCCUGAUUCCUGCCUUCAUAUUUCAUUUUGAAUUCAAACUUCUGAGGUUGUAGCAUAUGAAUUGCAUUUUGAAAAGGAGAUUUGUAAGAAUUAAACUAUAUUUAAUGAGUAAACUUUUGAGAUUUCUGCUGUAUUGUUUUAAAUGUAAUAAACUUUACCUCUCUAAACAUGAGCAGUUGUAUCUUCUGGCUACCAACAGAUUAAUUUUCAGCUUGUCAUGAUAGUCUGACCUCUGGAAUUACUGCUACUGAGGUUUAAUUCCUUAUUUUCUAGGAAUUUCAAGAACCGUUUGUCCGAACCUUUUAAUGUCCUUAUUAGCCAUUUUUAGGAAGGAAAGAAUAAAUUCCCCUAAUAGGAAACAUGCUUUAUUUUCCAAAACCUUUCUCUGAUAUUUUUCUUUAAUUUGCUGAUUUUUCAACCACAGAGCCUUAUGCUAGAAAUGUCAUUUGUAUUUUUCAAAAUUAUAUUCUACCAUGAUGUGAUAACUUUAAAACUAUCUUUCAGAGAACUACAUAUGUAUUAUAGCUGCUGCCAUAUAGUUUGUGGUUUUUAAUUACCUGGAACCAGAAACCAUUUGAAAUAAAUUAUAUGAAGUUUA